CUCGGGCCAACACGGUCCGCCCCGCACUCACUGACUGGGUAUUUAUGGGUGUUUCGGCAUCUUUUUGAUGAGUGACUGUCAUCUUAAUCAGUUCUACGUACGGCAUGGUAUAUAAGAUAAUUUAUGCGCUUUAUCUGCAUUAGAGGACUUGUUCACAAACGCGAAGCAAUACUCGGUGCGUGGACUAAUUGGCAGCACCCACAUCCAACGAAAAACCGACCGGGAGACGCUCGAGGGAACCUGGGGAACAUCACCGGAGCUGCUCGUCAGAACAAACAAGUGUAUUAUUUGACAUACAGAGCUCGAGUGUGAAGGGCUGGGACUGGAAUGUGGCUGUUUGGCCGGAGAUUAGACUGUCGGGCGAGCGAAGCCGAAGCACGAGACCGGGAUCUGGGAGAAGCAGGAUGCUGAACCGCCGUCAGGGUAGAUUGAUGUGGAUGCGAGGUGUACCCUGAUUUCCCAGCCCCUUCCCCUUCCCUCAGUCACCCCUUCCCUUCAGCGUGUUCUGUCGGUCCAGCACAUUGUGAUCAGCAUGACAUCCACCCUGCAGACCCUGGCCUUUAAACUGGCCCCUCCCUCAAGAGAAGCUGGGUCAGGACAGCUGGAGCCCUGUAGUGAUGGACAGGGGCGACGCUAUGAGGUUGUCCCAUCAGUGGUCUGCUCCAUGUGCUGUCUCUUUGGAAUCAUCUAUUGCUUCUUUGGUUACCGCUGUUUCAAAGCUGUACUCUUCCUCACGGGCCUGAUGUUUGGCUCUGUCAUCAUCUUCCUCCUCUGCUACAAGGAGCGCGUGUUAGACACGCAGCUGAGCGUGGAGGCUAGUGUGGGCAUCGGCCUGGGCAUCGGCACCCUCUGCGGCCUGGUUACCAUGCUGGUGAGGAGCGUUGGCCUCUUCAUGGUAGGGCUGCUCCUGGGCCUGCUGGUGGGCAUCGGGACCCUGAUCGGCAUGGAGGAGCUCUCGUCCAACCCCCCGCGGUCAGUAUGGGUGCCCCUGGGUGUGCUGCUGGGCCUGGGCAUGCUGUUCGCCGUCCUCACCCUACAGUGGCAGAGAUGCUUCACCACGCUCUCCACAGCCGUGUUUGGAGCUGCGGUCAUCGUUGUAGCCACUGAUUACUUCGUGGAGCUCUUCGCGUUGGUGAGAUAUAUUUACGAGCGGGUGAAGACGGGCCCCCGGGAGCCGGUGUGCUGGACAACGUGGGUGGUCCUGGGAGCCUGGCCUGCUCUCGCCCUGCUGGGAGUGUUGGUGCAAUGGAGGGUGACGGCGGAAGGUUACUCCCACACCAAGGUGAUGAUCAGUCGUCAGCAGCGGCGGGUUCAGCUCAUGCGUAUUCGUCAGAAAGAGGAGAGGAGGGAGAGCAGCAGGAAGAAGAAGAGGAAGCAGCCGCAGAGCGCACAGCACACGCAUGCUGCCAAAGCUCUGCAUCCGGAGCCUGCCUACCGCAGAAAACCCAACCCUAUACGACGCUUCGAUGGAGACGUGCUUUCUCCUAGCUAUAUCCAGAGUUUCCGGGACCGUCAGGUGGAUGGUCGGGCUUAUCCAGUAGGUGGACUGAUGCCUUCAGGCCACACAAGUGUGGAUAUGGACUAUGACUGUGGCUCCACUGUCCCACUCACUGCUGGGGUCGGACCACACGUCCGGGUCUGAGCAUUCUCACUUACUCACAAAUAAACACACACAUACACGCACACAAACACAAAUCCGGUGCUGACCUGACCUGGAGUCCCACACGCACAAAGGCUCGGGUCUCCUCACCAUUCGGGAAAAAUAAACAAACAAUUCAAGCACUUCUAACUCUAGAAUACUGGACGCAUCAUUCUGAGACCACGGUUGUAUGGAAGAGCUGCUUUCAAACACACACAAUAACACUAACACACUUUACCCGAACAUGUGCCUAAAAUGUGGCAUUCUGUUCACUUACUAUACAAACCACUAUCAACAAAACUAAACAAUCUGGGCUCCAUUCUGUCGAAGCGUUCAGUGUGGUGAAUUAGUGUUCAUCGAUGUCUCGUUUCUGUGACGAAUUCAUCAGUCGGUGCUCAAUCUCGUCUUCGUUCUCUUAACGCUGACCCCCAUUUUAAAGUGUGUCAUAGUAAAGUCCGUGGAUUCCAGCACCAGUGUUUUUGUACUGUGAGAUCCCGCUUUCCGGCCCAGGACCGUACCAAAAAAAACGUCAAGCAGGGGUGCCUUGGAGACACCAGUGAGAAACUCUCUCUCAGGAGAAUUCAACCUCCUUAGCCUUGUUUCAGAAAGGCUGUGAGGCAAAGAGCCAUAUUACUGCUGAUCAGAGCCACUCUGGGAGGCAGAGCUGAACGCCUGGUGAUGAAGCCGAUGGAAAAGAGGGAAGAUGAUACUCAGGGACUGCGCAAAAUGAAGAUUUGGGGAGGGGGGGGACCACUAUGAAUCAUGAGGACGUAGAUCGAAAAGCGCAACAGGGACGUCACCAUGACUGUUCAGUUACUGCUGUGUAUAAAACUAGUUUGCAAGUCAGAAUUUGCGGGAAGUGAUUAUGACUGUGGAGCAAAACAAAAACAAAAAAAAAAAAAGACCCCCGUGAUCCUUUGGGGCAAAACUUGCAUGACAUAACCACCAUCAUUUUCAGUCUUCAUACAAACAACUGAAACAAGCUGUGGUGUCUCUUUCUUUCUCUCACUUUUGUUGUUUUAAAUCUAUGUUGUGUACAUAAAAUGCACAUUUAGUAUAUCCAUUUCAACAUGGCCUCAUAUUUAUUAGAUAUCGGUUUACUUCGAAUUCAUUUUCUUUAGGGAUUCUAAGUCGUGGCAGGUGGAUAAAUGGUUGUAUUUAUUUGUUUGUUUGUUCAUUCAGUCAUGUUUUCUUUAUAAUUUACUGUCUUAUAACAGCGUGUAGUCUUAAAGACGGGAAGUUCACAUGCAAUGAAACCUUUGACAAUCUGACAUUGACUCUUUCUUUCUUUUUUUGGACACUGUACAACAGCAUGUGUUUGUAUGGGCCUGCUUAUUAUGGUAAACUUUGUGAAAUCA